UUGUCUUCCUCGAGCUCAGAGUCAUAGCCAACCAUGGCUGCUACUCUUCUUCCUAUCAUCUCUGUCUUCUUGAUCGCCCUUUCACUCCCAACGACGUCGUCUCAACCUUCUUCCAACGUCUGCAACGGCGUACUGCUUUCUUACGUCUAUGACUCCGGCUUCGUUAUCCCUCCCACCCUCUCGCCGUCGGACCGGAAGGACCAACCCUACCGGUUCCAGUCAACCCUCAACGUCCUCAACAACGGCCUGGAAGAGCUCAAGUCGUGGCGGGUCUUUGUUGGGUUCCAGAACAAGGAAAUGUUGGUAUCUGCUCCCAGAGCGGUGCUAGCUGACGGCCGUUCCUUCCCGGCUGACGUCAGCAACGGCACCACUCUUGCCGGGUACCCCGUGGAGAACCUGAAGACUGCGGUGGAGACCGCCGGAGACUUCAACCAGAUGCAAGCUAGGGUGGAGUUGGUGGGUACCCAGUUCGGCGUUGCACCUCCGGAUUUCCCAAUGCCUUCUUCCAUUUAUCUCGUUAAUGAUGGCUUUUCGUGUUCUCCUACACCAUCUCUAGGGAAAAAUGACACUCAUGUUUGCUGCACAAAAGACCCAAACGCAAAGACCAACACCACGAGAGAUGAAGAGGAAUUUCUACCUCGUCAGGAGGGUGAUCUCACUAUAAUGUACGAUGUGACCAGCUCCUACGAGUCUAAUUACUGGGCGCAGAUCACCAUAUCGAACAACAACCUCAUUAAGCGUCUGGACAAUUGGCAUUUGAGCUGGGAAUGGAUGAGGGAAGAGUUCAUCAACGCCAUGAGAGGCGCCUAUCCUUUGGUGGUGGAUACAUCGGACUGCAUUUUUGGUAAGCAAGGCGAAUUUUACCAGGGUCUUGAUUUUUCCAAGGCUUUGAACUGUGAAAGAAGGCCGACAAUCAUUGAUCUCCCUCUUGCAAAGACCAACGACACGAUUGUUGGAUUGGUUCCUUUCUGCUGUCGAAAUGGGACCAUCUUGCCGCCUGCCAUGGAUCCGGCCAUGUCGAAAUCAGCUUUUGUAAUGCAGGUUUACAAAAUGCCGCCAUACCUUAACAGAAGCGAGCUUACUCCUCCGCAGAACUGGAAAAUCAACGGCAGUUCUAGCGGCGAAGGUUACGUGUGCGGGCCGCCGGUGAGAGUGAGCCCCACGCUCUUCCCUGAUCCCAGCGGUCUGCCUUCAGAAACCGCGGCGGUGGCCAGCUGGCAAGUGGUGUGCAAUAUCACGCGCUCCGGCAAUGAUCAGAGCCCCAAAUGUUGCGUAUCUUUCUCCUCAUUCUUCAACGAAUCCGUUAUCCCCUGCAACACUUGCGCUUGCGGCUGUAAACCUAAUCCCGGCAAAGUGUGUAGCGCCACCGCGCCCGCCCUGCUUUUGCCGGCGGAUGCUCUUCUCGUUCCAUUCGACAACAGAACUGAAAAGGCCAUAGAGUUCGCAGGUCUAAAACGCCGUGAUCUGCCAAAUCCUCUGCCCUGCGGGGAUAACUGUGGAGUCAGCAUUAACUGGCACCUGCUUACCGAUUACAACGACGGGUGGACGGCCAGGAUAACGCUGUUCAAUUGGGGGAAAGACGACAUUGUUGAUUGGUCUGCAGCUCUGCAGCUUGAAAAAGCCAUGCCGGGAUUCGAAAAGGUGUACUCUUUCCAAGGACAGCCCAUGACUAAUUCCAGCAACACCCUGUUUUUACAAGGUGGUUCCGGAUUAAACUAUCUUCUUGCAGAAAGAAACGGAGACAAUCCAAGGAGAGAUCCCCCUGUUCCUGGAACGCAGCAAUCAGUGAUUUCUUUCAAGAAGAAGAACACUCCCGGGAUCAAUGUAGCUCGCAUUGAUGGUUUUCCCAGUAAGGUAUUCUUCAAUGGGGAGGAAUGCUCACUUCCGGUGACACUACCCAGCAGGGCUUACAGAAUGCCAGUAGUCUCCACAGCAUUCACCAUUGUUCUAGCUGUGUUGGUUCUCAUAGUAUAAUCAUGCAUAUACCAUUCUGGAGUCUGUACUCAAUUCUUUCAUUAGUUUUCUGCAAAUUUCUGGAAAAAUGACAUUCAACCUAGGCCGAAACAGUUUUGCAUUCUUCCUAAAGUGUAGAAACUGCCUUCUCAAUCAGAGAAUUACAUCAA